ACAACAACAAAAAUAUUAAGAACGGAACGAGGGAAAACAACCCAGCACAAUUAUGUAUAGAUACGAUUUAGAUUGAAGUCAACAAAACUUGUUGUUGGAUUUGGGCGAAGUGCAAAGUUGUGGCCAGGAGCUACAAGCUACGCCCCGACGACGGAGACGUAGACGGCGGCAAAAAGACAAACAAAUUAGCCACGCCUUGGAGCAACAAAAGCUGUGAAUCAAAUUGAUGGCCGGCGAUAUGUCGAUUGGCUGUGCCGCUCUCAAGAGAUCCACAAAAUUGAAGAGUUGCACAAGUGGCUCCGAUACGGACUCGAUGCAGCUGCCUGAUGACCGCAAGGAAAAUGGCAAUAAAAUGGGGUUAUUAAUCAAGCCACCAACUGCUCCACAGAAUAUGCGUGGCGGUCUCCGAGUCUAUAAAAUCGUCAUACUCGGCGAUGGCGGAGUCGGCAAAUCGGCUGUUACCCUGCAGUUCGUCAGUCACAGUUUCUUGGACUACCACGACCCAACAAUUGAGGACUCCUACCAGCAACAGGCGGUGAUUGACAAUGAGGCUGCGCUGUUGGACAUACUCGACACUGCUGGUCAGGUUGAGUUUACGGCCAUGCGGGAUCAAUAUAUGCGUUGCGGCGAAGGUUUCAUCAUUUGCUAUUCGGUCACGGAUCGUCACAGUUUUCAGGAGGCAUCCGAGUAUCGCAAAUUGAUAACGCGGGUCCGUCUGGCCGAGGAUAUACCGCUGGUGUUGAUAGCCAACAAGGUGGACCUGGAAUCUCAGCGACGCGUCACCACCGAGGAGGGCAAGAAUCUGGCAAAUCAGUUCGGUUGCCCCUUCUUCGAGACAUCGGCGGCGCUGCGUCAUUAUAUUGACGAGGCGUUUUAUACGCUCGUCCGCGAAAUCCGUCGCAAGGAGAUGCAAAAGGGCACCGACACCAGCUCAGAGAAGAUACAUACUCGGCAUCGCAGUCGCUGGUGGCGCAUCCGUUCCAUUUUCGCAUUGGUCUUUAGGCGUAGACGCAAUCUAAACUAAACUGAAUGGAGACAAAAUCCACCACAACAACAACUCAGUUCGCAGUGCAAACAUUGUGCAAUAUUAAUCAAUGCGUUAUGCUAUAUAUUUAUUUGGCACAACCAAUCAUAUAUAUAUAUAUAUAUAUAUAUAUAUAUAAAUAUAUGUACGCAUAUAUAUAUAUAUGUGUGUGUGUGUGUUGACAUAUUAUAGAUGUCUUAUCCUUGAAUUUAUCAAGCGUUUGCGAAUCUAAUUGGUAUAUAGCCAGAGCAAGGCAACAACUAAUCGACCGUAACUUUGUUUCUAGUUAAAAUUAUGUUUGUUUUUAUUUUUAGAUUUGUUAUUCCACAUCGUAUUUGUUGACUUUGUAUUGUUAAGGUGCUAGACGCACACUGAAAGCAGGAGGAGAAGGAGAAGGCAGGAAAGAUAAUAUAUAAUAUAUAGUUAUGUAUAUCAAUAUGUUUAAGCACCAAUCCAAAUAAUACAUAUAUAUAGCAAUGCACGUAUGUAGUAAAUAACAAGAAGACGUCGAUUCCUAAAACAAGACAAAUUGGCAGAACGGCAAAUCAAAAUGAGAAACAAAAAUGAAAUGCAUUUAAUUUUAACAAAAACCGAAAAAGUGAAACCAAAACAAUACAAAAAAUAUGCAAUAUCAAUAACGUUAAAUCAAAAAAAAAAGAAGAAAAAACGAAACGAUACAAAACUGAGUCCUAGCUAAAGCCAAUAAAGCGCCCAAGGCUAUAUUUGAAUACUAUCUAUAUACGAAAUAUGAUCAAGUGUAAAUCAAACAGAGCUUUAUGUCGCAGCAAAUGUCCCAACAAAUGGCGAAGUGUAAACAAUUUGAAGGCGCAUUGAAUUUAUGUAUUAUGUGCAUGUAUUAUUAUUAUUGUUAUAAUUAAUUACGACAGGCGCACAGAACGCACACACAUUAAUUAACUAAUCGAAUAAAUGUUGAAUUAAACGUAUGUAUACUAAACCUAUUUAAGCGAGAUAGGUCGAUCGGAUCGAACACGGAUUAUAAUGCACAAGCAAAAAAAGAAAAGAAAAGAAUAGAAAAAAGAGCAUAUUGCAUUGUCCAAUGUGAUUUUUAUGUAAUAUUAUUAUUGAUGCGUUUGCAUUUGUUGUUUAAGUUUUAUAAGAAUGUUUGACGCGUUAACUCGUUUAAGUUUAUUUAUAUUAUUAUUAUUAUUAGUAUAAGUUCAACAGUUCUGUGUUUUGUUAAUUACUUUGUAACAUCUAUGACUUUCCGCGAGCAUCACAAUGAGUUCCUUACAUCAAUGUUACUACAUCUGCAUCAGCAUCACAGCACAUGGCUUUAAGGACCGUCUAUAUACUAUUUGUUAUAUCAAUUUCAAUUUGAAAUUGUUAAGCAACAGUUUGUUGCAGGCGUUUAAUGAAACCAACUCUUUAUGUUGCCUGAUAACCAAACCGAAUAACGAGCUAUGUAAUUGUUAAGCGCAAUCUUCGGAAUUGUAUGUUUAAUUUUUUUGUCACUUAAAUUAUUGAGCGAGAUGAUAUAUAAUGAAAGGAAGGUAAAUUAAACAAAAUAAAUAUGUUAAAUAUAUCACAUAUGAUUAUGUAUUUCCCAUGAAACAAUAACACAACAAAACGAAAUGAAAAAAAUAGAUGUUAGUAGCUGUAUGCGAGUAUUAUCAUAGAAGCACAAGUCUGGUAAGACCCAACUUGCAUUGUUUUGUUUCGGAAAAUCGAAGUUGAGCGCUUCGAGCGAUCAAUUGAACUAUUUAAUUCAUACAUUUUAAAUGUAAAAUAAAUCAAUGAAAAUGACAAAAAAAAAACCCAGAAUAAAGAUUUUUGAAACCCCGUUAAA